ACACCACCAAUGACCAAACCCAGAAUCAAUAUCUAAUUGUUUUGAUACCACCCUCAAAUAGUAGUUUUCAUUUACCAUCAAUGGAGGACUUACCAUCAAACAUCAUGGUUGAUAUUCUUUCAAGACUUCCGGUCAAGACAAUAAUCCACUGCAGGUGCGUAUGCAAGAAGUGGCGAAAUAUAGUUUCGGAGUCUCACUUUGCUAAUAUUCACCUUUCGCGAUCACCUGCUGGUUUGAUGAUCUGGCAUCAAUCUGAGCAGCUUAUGACCGGUUACUGUAAACCAGGCGUAUUGAAGUGGGUGGAGAUUAGUGACGAUGACCACCGUUUACUCCAUGACCCUGUCAUGAGCCUUGAUCUGAGUCUUGCACCGGUUUUCCAAAAUGUUCAAAUACAACAGGUGGGCUCAGUCAAUGGUUUGCUAUGCUUAUGGAAAUUUGGUCCUGAAGGUGAUAACACUUUUAUAUGCAAUCCCAUUACCAGAGAAUACAUGAUCCUCCCUAGGCAAAAAUACUAUAGAGAAGGUUAUGCCAUAAUCGUUUAUGGUUUUGGAGUCGGUUUACAGACGAAGGAAUACAAAGUUAUACGGACUUUCCAAGGGGAUAUUCCACCAAACCAAUAUGGAAGUACGUCUCGACCAAGUCUAUUAGAAGCCGAGGUUUUCACCCUUGGCACGGGCCAGUGGAGGAGUCUUGGCCAUGUCCCAUAUUGGCUCAGUGGGUGGGAUGGGCCAUUUCUAUACGGCAAAGCUCAUUGGAUGGUUGUUGACCAGGAUGCCCCAGAAAAGCUUUGUACUUUCGAUUUCGACAAGGAGACAUUUCAGUUAUUUCCAUCUCCCCCAUCUGAAGCUAUAGAAGAUAGUAGCAUCCAUUUCCAAAGUUUGGCAGUCUUAAAUGGUUGUUUAAGUCAAUCUGAUACCUACGAUUCUCAAUUUAUGAUAUGGGUGAUGAAGGAAUACGGGAUGAAAAAGUCGUGGCAUAAAGAAGUGGUGACCAAGCUGUUGGGAAUCAGUGUAUCAUAA